GUGUUCCUCCUAUUUGUACUCCCUCCACCCUUCCUGGAGAUGAUAGGCCCAUCCCACUGGUACCUCCUCAUUGGUUGAGAUGGAGUCACAUGAAAUUUUAUCCCAGAAUUGGCUUUCCACCAAGAUCCUACCAUCUCACCUUCAUAAGCUGCUAGGAUUACAGAAUACGAUGAUGACCAACCCUAUGAAAGAUAUUGCUGCUCACUCACUGAAGAAAAGUGGGAGCCUGUCCUCUCUAAGUAGCCAUGAAUUUCGAAGGAAGGGCAUACAUGGGCGCAUCAAAGACUCUGUGAGUACAGUGUCUUACAUGGAUGAACCGAGCCAGCGUGAAGAGGUCUCUCGCCUUACAGUUCAGAUGGAAAACACCUACCAGUUAGGUCCUACCAAACAUUUUCCUGUGGUCACUGUCAACCAUAUUUUGAAAGACGUGCUGACUAACUAUCUCCAAGAAGAAAACUAUGAACCAGAGCUCUGCAGACAGAUGACUAAAACUAUUGCUGAGGUUAUUAAAGCCCGAGUCAAGGAAUUAAUGAUUCCACGGUAUAAGCUAGUUGUGAUUAUUCACAUCGGACAACUGGAUGGUCAGAGCUUACUUAUUGGAAACAGAUGUCUCUGGGAUCCUAAAAGGGAUACUGUUUCAUCCUAUGUUUUCAGAAAUACUUCUCUCUUUGCUCUUGCAAAUGUGUAUGCAAUUUAUCUUGAGUGA